AUCUUAUCUCCGUUAUAAUGGUAGGGACCCCAUACUUCACACGUCAUUCCUUUCUCUCUAAGAGUCGCAGUCAUGAGCAUGCUCAGGCUUCAGAAGCGAUUGGCGUCCAGCGUCUUGCGCUGUGGCAAGAAGAAGGUAUGGCUGGACCCCAAUGAAACCAAUGAGAUUGCCAACGCUAACUCCCGCCAGCAGAUUCGCAAGCUGGUGAAGGAUGGUCUGAUCAUCAGGAAGCCUGUGACGGUGCAUUCCCGUGCCCGCUGCCGCAAGAACACGCUGGCACGCCGCAAGGGACGCCACACGGGCAUAGGUAAGAGGAAGGGUACAGCCAACGCCCGUAUGCCAGAGAAGCUCUCGUGGAUGCGACGCAUGAGGAUCCUGCGGCGCCUACUGCGGCGUUACAGGGAGUCCAAGAAAAUCGACAGGCACAUGUACCACAGUCUCUACUUGAAGGUGAAGGGUAACGUCUUCAAGAACAAGCGCAUCCUAAUGGAACACAUUCACAAGCUGAAGGCAGACAAGGCUCGCAAGAAGCUCCUGUCUGACCAGGCCGAGGCUCGUCGCUCGAAGACCAAGGAGGCCCGCAAGCGCAGAGAAGAGCGCAUAGCGGCCAAGAAGGAAGAGUUCAUCAAGACUUUGUCAAAGGAGGAGGAGACGACCAAGAAAUGAGUCGCCCAUCCACCCCCCUUCUCCCUUUUCAAUGUUUUUUUAAAUUUUUUAAAUGGACCCAAAACAGUCAAGGUUCAGUCUCCGUCUGUGACGUUAUACUAUGUGCUGAAGUUUUUUGCUAUUGCCACCAAUACCAAUUGAAAAAAUACCACAACUUGUUCAGUGCCUUCAGAAAGUAUUCUCACAACCCUUUACUUUUCCCACCUUUUGUUGUCUUACAGGUUGAAUUAAAUAAACAUUUAUUACAUUGA